ACACAACUCGUUUAACUUCGGUGGGAAUCGUUGAUGGUGUUGUGGAUGUUCUUCAUUCAGUGUGGAGAAUGGUGGUUUCCGGUUCGGGGAGCUCCUCCCACACGUGUCACCAGUGAAAAUAUGGCAUUUGUUUGGUAAUUCUUAUAAAAUCGCACUAAAUCUAUGCUCUAUCAUGUAAUGUAUAUGAUCCGAUUUGGGAGGGUGACAGUAAAAUAGUGACAUAUUGAACUGAAAAUGACGAUUUUGACGUUAAUUCUGCUCAAAACCACAGAAAACCUAUGCACUAUCACCUAAUGUAUAUGAUCCAGCAUAGGAGUGUACUACUAACCAAAAAGUGACAUAUUAAGUUGUAAUUCACGAUUUUUACUCAAAUUUGGCUCUGAACUACCCAAAACCUAUGCACUAUCACGUAAUAUAUAUGAUCCUGCAUAUGUAGCACCAGUAAACAACAGGUGAUGAUCACUUUACUUUAAGUUUUUCAACAUAAAACACCCAAAAAUGGACGUGGAACUCGACAAAUUAAGCUACAUAGACCGAAAAAUGUUGAUUUUUGCCCUGAAUAAGAACAACGCAUGGAAAGAACUGGCUGUAACCCUUCAAUUUCUAGACUGCGAGAUGAAUAAGAUAACAACAUCUGAAAGUCCUUCAGAAGUACUACUGGACAUCUGGGGUGGAAAGUAUGGCCACACAGUAUUAGAAUUAUUCGUUGUUUUGAAGAAUCACAAACUCUACUCAGCGAUGAACACUUUAAAGUCAUACAUUCCUGAUAAAUAUCAUAAAUUCAUCAAGGUAGAUCCACCAGAUGAAUGUAAUAACCCAGCGCCACCUGUUGGACAACCUCCUGCACAAAAUAAACCGAGAGAUUUGAGUGAAACAAGAGUUGUUGAAUCAGCUGGAUCAAUCCCUCUUGUCUCUUAUCAUGAACUAGAAGAAUGCACAACAAAAUGGAGCACGGAAAAUGUCCUCGGACGCGGAGGUUAUGCAACCGUAUUCAAAGGCAAAUGGAAGAACACCGUAGUUGCUAUAAAACGCAUUGAAGCACGCCGGGAUAAUUCACGUGCACACGACGUGCAACUACGACAAAGCAUUUCGGAGCUGCAGUAUUUAAAUUCAUAUAGACACGAGAAUAUUCUACCGAUUUACGCGUAUAGUAUAGGCGGUCCAUACCCAUGCCUAGUCUAUCAAUUCAUGUCUGGCGGGUCUCUAGACAAACGGAUACACACCAAAGACCCGAAUAAGUUCCUCCAAUGGCAAAAACGACUUGACAUCGCUAUAGGAGCAGCAAGAGGUUUGCAAUAUUUACACACAUUACACGACAAACCCUUGAUCCACGUCGAUAUAAAACCCGCUAAUAUCCUCCUCGACGCCAGCGACACCCCAAAAAUCGGCGAUUUUGGCUUGGCACGCCUCGGUCCCAACUCCAAUCAAGUCGACGUGGCUGUCAGCCAUGUUUUCGGCACCCCUCCAUACCUCCCACGUGAUUACAUCAAUUCAAAACGCCUGAAUCCCAAACUAGAUGUCUAUAGUUUCGGUGUAAUGCUCUUCGAAAUGGCGACUGGACUUCCGGUUGUCAUCGAAACCCAAACCGGGCGUGUGUUACUCAAGGAUCACGUGAUGUCCAACACCGAAGAGGAGAACAAGGCGCAGUGGAUCCAGCUGAAGGAUAAACGCGUCGCCGGCGGUGAGAAAAUCUUUGUUUAUUUCGUUUUCUUCGGCAAGGCGUGUGUUGAUCCCAAUGCAGACAUGCGACCCACGAUGGUUACGGUUUUACAAGAGUUAGAACGAUGUAGAGAGUAAUGAUUAAGAUAUUUAUAAGGUGAGUGUUGUUAUAUUAUAUUUUUCUAUAAAAUAAAUUUUAUAUUGGUUA